AUGGUACAACAUUCUAUACCAAUUUGUCCAAAUGCUUUCACGAAUACAACAAACUCGAAGACGGGUUUAUCAAUGAAAGAUGCAGCUGAUGUCAGUAAAUCAUCGAUAAAUCAAUCAUUCAAACAUAUUCAAGAUAUCACUUGUAAUUCAAUGAAUUCUGGUUCAGUUGAUUUUGUUGUUAAUCAGUUAAACUCACCUCAAACAUCGUCGUAUAAUUCUCCACCACCUCCAUCUUACAAAACAAAUACCGCCGCUUCCUCAUCAUCCACAUCGUCAAGUGGCUAUUCUUCGUCUUAUUCUUCAUAUUUUAAUCGUUCAAAUAAACAACAUCGUUCUCUCUUAUAUCGAUUAAAACGUCUGAUCAAUUUUCCACCAAAAAAAGAUUAUCAAUCUUAUUCAACAGCGAUCAAUGAUCCAACAUCUCCAAUUUUAAAUGUUAGAAAUCGAAAUCAGAUACAACAAAUUCAGAAUACCAAUACAAAUAAUUGUAAUACUGUUAAUGAUACUAAUACGAUACCUCGUCGAAAUUCCUUAUCUAGACUUGAUAUUCGACGAAAAUCACGACGAUUUUUACAAACACCACCAUUUAUGUACGGUCUAAAAAAUUGUGGUAAUAGUUGUUAUGUAAAUGCCAUUGUCCAUUGUUUAUGUCAUACAGAACAAAUUGGUGAUUAUAUAUUGAAUAAAACGUAUGAAACGGAUAUGAAAAAUAUUAAGAAUAUUUUAGAUACGAAUUAUUUAUCAUCUUUAUCAGUUAAUCAAUAUACAAAUAAUCAUAAUCUAAAAUCACAACAACAAUUUAAAAUAACAAAAGCAUUUGUACACAUUUUUCAAGCUCUAUGGAAUAAUAAUAAUAAUUGUACAUCAAAAUUAUCGUAUGAAUUUAAAACAUUAAUUGGAAAUUUAAAUCGACAAUAUUUGGGUAAUGAACAAAAUGAUGCACAGGAAUUUUUAUUAUGGUUAAUGAAUACAAUUCAUGAUGAACUAAAUUUAGCUAAAGUACAAAAUAAAAAUAAACAAACAAAAAAUUCAUCUUCCUUUGCAUUAUCUGCUGCUACCACAUCAUCUCUUAGUGAUGAUUUAGCUAAAAAAUCUUGGAAUGAUUAUAUUGAUUUAAAUCAAAGUGUGAUUACAUCCACAUUCUGUGCUCAAUUACAUUCAACAUUGCGAUGCAAUCAAUGUAAAAAAGAAAGUAAAACAUUUGAACCGUAUCUAUGUGUUUCAUUACCAAUACCUCAGAAAAUUGUCAAAGCUGUCUUUGUUACCGUUGUAUUUCUAAAUCAAUCUCCGAAACAAUUACAAAUUGGUCUCUGUUUACCAAUAACAAAUUCUGUCAAAGAUGUACGACAAGCUAUUGCACAACAUUCCAAUUUAGAACCAAAUGAUCUUGCUCUUGUCGAAAUAAAAUCCAAUGGAUUUUCUCAAUUAUUCCAUGAUUCUGAGCCAAUGUCUCAUUUAAAUCAAGAUGUACAUGCUAUUCAGUUUUACUCACAAACAGUACAACAACCAUCAACAAUUGAUAAUAUAAUACCAUCAGCAUCUUCUAUUCCUGGUCCUCCUGCCACGCAAGCCACUACAUCAAUUAGCAAUUAUGUCAAUUUACUUGUGUUAAAUAGAAUACGUUAUAAAGAUGGCCAAGUCGAUCGUUUUGGUGCACCAAUCUCUGUACGUGUACCACGCGUAUCAAAUUAUCGCACAUUGCAAUUAUCCAUAAUUAAAGCACAACGUUCAAACAUCCGAGAUGAAGCAGUCGAACAUGCACAAAAUUUUGUCUUGUUUGAAUUAUUUCUGAUUGAUCAGUAUCAACAACAAACCUUAGAUAAUGAUGCUACUGAAUAUCCUAUUACGCAUGAUGUUCAAUGGCCUCUAUAUUUGGAAAAGAUUGUUGAAAUUCUUGAUGCAUCCUCGAUUUCGUUUGCCGGUCCAAGUCAUCUUCAAGUCUAUGCUGAUUGGGAUGAAAAGCAUAUUAGUCAAUUUAUAGCAAAAUUUGACGAUAAACCCGAUAUUCAUAAUUCUGUUCAACAAGCCAAAUUAUUGUUAACACCCUCAUCAGCUGCACCUAUUACAUUAGCGGAUUGUUUUUCAUUGUUUACACAAGAAGAAAUAUUAACACACGAUAAUGCUUGGUAUUGUACAAAUUGUAAACGAAAAGAAAAUGAUACAAUAAAAAAUCUUAGUAUAUGGACUACACCACCUAUUCUAAUUAUUCAUUUGAAACGUUUUUGUCAAACAAAAUUAUCAAAUUCAAAAAUUACUUAUCCUAUUCAUUUUCCACUCGUUAAUUUGGAUGUCAGCAAAUUUUUGUCAAAAAAAAGUAAACCAAAAUUAUUAAUGAACGAUGGAAAUGAUAGUGGUGGCGAAGAAGACGAGGAAAAUGAAGAUUAUAUUGUUGAUGACAAUGGCGAAAUGUGUCAGACAGAUUUAUCUGUAUACGAUUUAUUUGCUGUUUGCAAUCAUCGUGGACACAUGUCUGGUGGACACUAUACCGCUUAUUGUAAAAAUCCAUGUACAGAUAAAUGGUAUUGUUAUGAUGAUCAUCUAUGUUAUGAAAUUAGCGAAGAUAAAGUUUGCACACCAGAUGCUUAUAUUUUAUUUUAUCGUCGACGUAGUGCUGAUUCUCAACAAUUUGAUGAUUAUGAACGUUUUGAUGAACAAAAUAUGAUGUCACCUCCAGCUGAUAAUACAAAAAUGUCUGAUCAUGGACUAGCAGAGGUUCUACCAUUUCAACAGUUAAAUAUUAGUAAAGAUGAUUGCGUCGAAGAAGAGAAAAAAUAUCAACAACCAAAAAAAUCUCAUCAUUCAUUUGUUUUGGAAACACCAUCAUCUCUGUCUGAAAUUAGUUAUCCGGUGAAACCACCAUCCCCUCGUCCACGAAAAUUCAUUCCAGCCUAUGCCAAUCAACAGGAGCAUCAACCACAACAACCACAACAAAUAAAUUCAAAUGAUAACUAUUUAUCAUCAUCAGACACCGAAAAAGCACGACGUAGACAACCAUGUCCAUUACCACGAUCGCAUAUUUCACCUCCUGCGAACAACAUACUAUAUCCACCAAGUAGAAAAAUAGAAACAACAGUUAUUGAAUACGUUUAUCCUUUACCAUCACCACAAUCGUCCGCUUCUUCAGCGGAAGACUAUCACCAACGUGAAUUAGAUGAAUAUUAUCACCACUAUAAUCGAUAUUCUCAAUAUCCAUAUCAACAUCAACAACAGAAUCAAACUCAUGAUCAAAAUAGAAAUCCUUGGGGUCGUUACAAUAGUAAACGAUAUAGUAGUGAAGAUCGAGAAUUGAAUGUUAUUUAUCCACAACAUCCAAUACCAACAAUGCGCAUAUUACAUUGA